CCAUCUCAUCUCUCCUCUCUAGAUAAACACAAUUAAAACGAACAGAAACAAUAAGGAUAAAUAAAGAUGAGUGGGGCUCACAGAGAGGCGAUCCAAAAGCAAAUCCACCAGGACUGGGCGAACAGGGAGUAUAUCGAAGUGAUAACUGCCAGCAUAAAGCGAAUCACCGACUUUCUGAACUCUUUCGAUAUGUCUUGUCGCUCGCGUCUGGCGGUGCUGAACGAAAAACUAACGAUCCUGGAGCGACGCAUAGACUAUCUGGAGGCGUGUGUCGCCCAGGGGGAAACAUUAACGUAAACGCUGCCCACAAUCUUACACUAAGCUUUGUACAUUUAUAAGUAAUUAAAAUACUGAUAUAAUAAUUAAUUUCACGAUGUGAAUUUGCCCUGACAUUAA